AUGAAAUUAACAGAAGCUAUUAUUAAUGAAAUUAAUGAAAUACCAAAACUUAAGUACUUGCUUAUUAAUCUCAUGCAUAAAAACGAGAAAGUAUCAGCUGAUUUUAAAGUUAUUCAGAAACAAUUGGCAUCAUUGCAACAAAAAUAUGAUUCUUUGCAAAAUGAUUACGAAAUAUUAUCAAAAACUUCACAAAAUCUCCAAUCAAAUCAAGGAGAUGUAGAAUUUGAACGUAUUAGAGCAGAUUUUAAUCAAAAUGCGUGUGAAUUUCUUACAAGGUUAAUUAGAGGAGUCGAUCACUCUGAUCCCGUUUCAUCAUCUACAAAACUAAUUGAUGAAUUUAGAUCAGAAAUCAAACUUUCAAUUGAUUCUCAAAAAUUAAGCAUUCAGAAGGAGUUAUCAGAUCAAACAAAGUUUCUUAAGGAGAAGACAGCUUUGAUUAAUGAAAUGCGUGAUCAAUUAAACCGCCCAAUCUCUCAAGAUGUCGAAAAAUUAUUGAAUGAAAAAGAUGAAUCAAUAACAAAGUACAAAUCGAUGUUACAACGUUCUGUUAAGUCAGAUCAACGUAACCAAGAACAAAUAUCAGUAUUGCAAUCAGAAGUAAACAGAUUAAACGAAUUAUUGUCUCAAAAUUCAUCACCACAAUCACAAUCAGCACCAGUUGAAGAAGUUACGAAAUUACAACUCGUUAUUACAAGUCUUGAAGAAAGAAUUCGAAAUUCUGCUCCUUCAAAAGAAUUAGAAGCAAAAUACGAUAGAUUACAAGCAAUGUUUGAGAAAUCAAAUCGUAUAUAUUCACAACUUGAUGAAAAGUAUCAAAAUUUGCUUAAAUCAAUGAACCAAAAGAAAUUUUAUUCAAUUAUUGAAGAAUCAUUGGUUGUUGAAGUUCCUGACGUCACAACAAUGGAAAGAAAGGCUACCAAAAAGGAUCCUAAACCAAAAUCUCAAAAAAUGAGUGGUGCUGAAGCUUUAAUUGCAUCUUUAAGGAAAACUAUUUUGCAAUACUUCCUUUGUAAGGAUGACAGUCAAGCUGAUCUUGUUCCUGUGAUUUUGGAGAUUGUUGGUUGCACUCCUGAACAAAUUGCAACAGUUGAGAGAAAUCAAGAGGCAAGAAGGCAUUUAAUCAACAAAACUGGUGCUUUCUUUGGUAUCUUUGGAUAA